GAAAUUGCCUUGUUUCACAUUCUCCCUACUACAUGUAUUAUGACCUCUGACCCUGGUCUGUCCAUAUGCUGGGUAUGUGUCACGUGGUACCCAGUAUUAUCCUGAAGCUUCAGUCCCGGUUUCCCAGUCUACUUUACCAGUUGUGUUUCCAUUAUUGCCUUUGUUACCUUGUUUGUUUAUUCCUGGACUCAUUGACUGUCGCCUUUGUUUAUAAGUUGAAGAAGAAGUGGACCAUUCCUUAAGACCAGGGUCAUGUCACUUUAAUUAAUACAUAUAUAUGUAUAUUUAAGUCCUUCUGGAUCACCCUGUCUGUCUGUCUUUUUGUAUAUUAUAUCCCCCAUAUUAUUGUAAUUGUAUUAUUGAACAUAAGCUUUAUAUCUAUAUUGAUUAAUAUUAAUCAUGUCAUCGUACAAGAGAACUUGGAAAUCGGAGAAGCCCUCCAUACGUCAUAACAGAGGAGAGCAUUACGUCGCAUUUGUGAGAAGGAAAACCGCCAACAGAAGUCUAGUUGAUCCUAAGAAGUUAGUUUACGACUUGGCCCUGUUGAACGAUGGAACUCCUCAUCAUACCAUUUGCGACGUGAUAGUAGAGCAAUACCGAUUAGCCAGGGAUGAAGGUGACAGCAGAUGGAUAGAGGCGACAAGACGUGAAGCUGCCACGAUACUCUGCUCAGAGAGGUGGGUUGAUGAGAACCUUCCAUCAUUGUCCCGUAAACCUAGACCACUGAGGAAGAGAAGGCCCCCAUCAGCAACUGUUUCAUCAGCCACUUCUUCAGCCAUGUGUGUGGAUAUACGGCUGUUAUCCAAUCCAGAUCUAGAAGUGGUACGUGAGAAUGCUAUGGAACCUUCUGAACCUUAUGUUGCCGAGGAAAAGUCGACGGUGAUGGAAGAGGCGAAUGAAGAUGACGUUUCCGAAGUGCAUGAAGUGGCGGAAUCAUCCGUAACACAUGACACGGCGGAUUGUGAGUGUUCCGAAGUACAUGACACGGCGGAGUUUUCCGUAGUACAUGACACGGCGGACCAGGAUCAUCAUAAGCCUACCACUGUAUCCAGGCCAUUCAAGUCUAUAUUACCUGUUAAGUCAUCUGGAAGUUAUUCUGCACGCAGAGUCCAGACUGAUAUCAAGGAAACAGAACAGUCCGCCAAGCGACCUAGACUUGACCCUGAGCUCAAGGUAACAGUGGAUUUGCAUAACGUCAACCACCCGUUUUUCCAGAGAUGUCCGUUUCCCGACUGUGGAAGGAAAGAGAGGAAAGUCAAGCGUCAUGUUCAACGUAGCCACCUGCCUAAGCUCUUCAACGACAUAAGACCGUUACGAUAUUUGGACGAGUCUACGUUGUCUCAGUUACAAGUUGCAGCGUUGCAGUCUUUGGUAAGGAGCGUUUUAGGACCUGAUGCCGACCUACUCUCAGGUGUGGACUAUGUAAAUCGUUCAGGAAUGCUCACCCCGGACACCACUCUUCAUCCAGAUACACUCGUGUUUAUGAGAAGAUUGUGUGCACACCAAGGAUGGUUGGAGCCACCUGAGGGUUUUACAUUGUCUCCCCUUAAUUCGCCAGCAACUCUUUUCCACUGGAGGUGUUUAGUAGUGCUGAUGUCACCUUUGCAGCCCAUGCAGCGCGAAGAAUUUCGUACACAUGGACGUGUUACAGGGGGCAUCACUAGUACUCUUGAUACCAAGGAGACUCAAGUUCCGGUCGUUGACUCGUCGACAGAGGAUGAAUUUACAGUCAUAGAUGUCAGUUAUGGAUCUGAUGUGGACAUUCCUAUAGAACCACUACCAGUAACUCAGAGCGACCCAUGUAUAGUUCAGGAGCUUUGCAGUCCUCAGACAUCUACCGUUCUUGAAGCCUUUGACAGUCAUUUCCAUCUUGACCGGACUUGUUCCCGCAUAUGGAGAUGUUCCUCAGGAAGAUCUGUGGAGGAUUUACUAUCCCAUUCCUAUUCUAGUGAUCUACGUCCUAACCUCGAAGUUACAGUCUCAGGAGGAGUAGUCAUCUAUAGUGAACCAUCAACACAUCCAGAGUCUGUAGACAUGUGUGGUCCUUGGAGAAUGGCCAUAGGAGUGCAUCCCAAGCAUGUAGAGGAAUUGACACCAGAUAGGUUCCUCCAUUUGAAGAACAUGUUGAACAGUCCAUAUGUCGUGGCUUUAGGCGAGAUUGGGUUAGAUAGAACUGUCCCUGUGAAGCUGUGGAGACGUCAAGAUGAAGUUUUCCGCCAAGUGCUCACGUUAACUCGUAAGGAUAAAGUCCUCGUCCUUCACUUGCGCGGAAUUGCCGCAGACAGGAUUGGGAUGGAUGUACACGCACGCUGCAUCCAGUUACUUAGGAAAUCGUGUGAUCCAGACCAACCCAUACAUCUUCAUUGCUUCAUGGGCGAUCCAGAGUUAGUUAAGGAAUGGUUAGACUGCUGUUCGAACGUCUACUUUGGGUUCACGGGUGCUGUGACUAACUUUAGUGCCGAUCAAGUUGCCGGUCUUCAGUCCGUCCCAAUGAGUCGCUUGCUGUUGGAAACAGAUUCCCCAUAUAUGAAACCUGGAGGAGGAGCUGUUAACACCCCAGCGUUCAUUGGUGACGUCGCCACCGAGGUUGCUUCGAAACUACAAGUUAGCGUACAGUACUUAUUGAAGGAGACCGUCAAGAAUAGCCGUCGCCUUUACCAGUUUUAGUUGUCAUAUGUUGAGACAAUUCCCUGAAUUACAGGUCUGGAUUGUUUUCCGACCAAGUUCAUGUGGAAUAUCUUAUAUUGAUUACUCACUUUUUGCAUAAUUAUAGGUCUGGAUUCUUUUCCGACCAAGUUAUUGCAGUUUAUUGUAUCUAUUAUAACUACAAUAGUUUAAAAGUUAAUGUAUCCCAUGUAUUAGUAAUUAUAUAAUUUAAACCUGUUAAAUAAAACGGGGAGGAAUGUGGUGAAAUUGCCUUGUUUCACAUUCUCCCUACUACAUGUAUUAUGACCUCUGACCCUGGUCUGUCCAUAUGCUGGGUAUGUGUCACGUGGUACCCAGUAUUAUCCUGAAGCUUCAGUCCCGGUUUCCCAGUCUACUUUACCAGUUGUGUUUCCAUU